UGGUUAAACGUUGUUGACAGAUAUUGGUGCAGAAUGUGGACUGUUUGGAUCACCAUCCUGUGGGUGUUCACCAGUGUUCAGACAGUGACCGGAGGGAGAGCGAGAAAACACAGAGAUACUCCAUGCCCUCGUGUACAUGGUGAUGGAUGGAAGUUACAGAACCAGGAGCACUAUGUUAACAUUUCAGGUUUUAAUUUGCUCAGGAGGUUCUCCCUUUUUAAGACACCAGCAGUGAAAAAAGUCCGAAGUCCAACAGGAUCUUUAAUUGUGAAGUUGGGAAGUUUAUCACUCAUCAGACCCACUGAAGACCCCUCUAAACCUUCAGAGACUCUUGCGAUGAAGAGGAACUGUGAAAUUCUCCUUUAUUUCGCUCAUGCAAAAGAACUGGAUAUUUCUCAUCUUUACGCAGCACUGCAAAAGGAAACAGAUUAUUUCAUCCUGAAUUCCUGUUGCUUCUUAAAUGCUGGGCAUCUGGAGAUGUGUGGAGUGGGUGAGAAUGUGGAGUUGAAGGCCAAAAUAGCUGUGAUCACAAUCAUUCCCUCUGAGCUGGACGGCAGGAUUCUCACAAGUGUGCUCGGGAGAACUUUCUCGACCUUAAGUUCUUGGUUCAGUUUGAAGGAGGGAUUGCUAGAUCUUGUGCUGGGGAGUGUCUAUGGGGGAUCACUUGGAUAA